GAUAUUUUAACAACCUGGUCAGGAGAGUUUAGGCUGCACGUCCCACAAGCAAUAGAUGGUUAUCUGGCAGUUUAUGGCUUUUGGGUCUGCAUGAAACACGCACUUACCCAGGGGGUAAGCGCGUGCUUCAGGGGGUUGAGCCCUCGUGAUCCCUCAUCUUGUGGCUUAAAAGGGUGCUACUGCUCUUGAACACUUUACCCCUACCUGUGGAGAGAACCAAGAUGGGGAAAAGACGCCUCUCUGGCUUGGGUGUGAGCUUAAUGGACCUGUUUUUUCCGACGACUUUGACAGCAGUUAUACUUCUGUCUGCAGUCAAAGGGGAAACUCUGAAAGCAUUUGUUCCUGCGUGUCCCAACAUUCCUGUGGGUGAGAGAGUAGACUGCUUCCCCGAUGCUGGAGCUUCACAGAUGAAAUGUGAGGAGCGCGGCUGUUGUUGGAGCCCACGGGAUGAGAGUAACAUUCCUUGGUGUUUCUUCCCAACCAACCAUGGAUAUACGGUGGAAUCACAGGACGCAUCAAGCCCUCAUGUUUUGAAAGCAAACCUGAUAAGAAUGGAUUCUCCAUCUUUAUUUGGUGGGGCGAUAAAAGAAUUGUCUCUCGAGGCAGAAAUGCAGACAGACAAUCGUCUCCGAUUUAAGAUCUAUGAUCCCAACAAUAAGAGGUUCGAGGUCCCUCACGAGCACAUCAGCAGCCUCAACAAUAAGCCGUCCAGUCCCAUCAGCAGCACACUGCAGAUCACACAGAAACCCUUUGGCCUCACUGUACGCAGGAAGGAGAACCAAAAAGUUGUCUUCGACACUACAAUGGCUCCACUGGUGUUUGAAGACCAGUACCUACAGCUGUCUGCUCGGCUACCAUCUCAUAAUAUUUAUGGUCUGGGGGAGCAUGUCCACAGGCAGUAUCGCCAUGACACAAACUGGAAAACCUGGCCAAUUUUCACCAGAGAUGCUUUCCCUAAUGGGGGAACACACAACCUCUAUGGACACUAUCCCUUCUUCCUCUGUCUGGAGGAUGAGAGUGGAAAGUCAUUUGGUGUCUUUCUCAUGAACAGCAAUGCUAUGGAGGUGACACUGCAGCCUGCCCCAGCCGUGAGCUACAGGACCAUUGGAGGGGUUCUCGACUUUUACAUCGUCUUUGGUGACACGCCAGAACAAGUGGUGCAGGAGUUCCUUGAGCUCAUUGGCAGGCCUGUCAUUCCUCCCUACUGGUCACUGGGAUUCCAGCUUUCUCGGUGGAACUACACCAACCUCGAUAUAGUCAAGGAAACAGUGGAGAGGAACCGUGCUGUGGGCAUCCCAUACGAUGUCCAAUACACCGACAUAGACUACAUGGAAAAUAAGAAAGAUUUCACCUAUGACAAGGUGAACUUCACUCAGCUUCCCGAGUUUGCUGACUAUCUUCAUGAGAGGGGGCAGAAAUAUAUCCUCAUCCUGGAUCCUGCAAUAGCCACCAGCAAGAGGGUCGGGGAUGCUCCAUAUGACUCUUAUGAUCGUGGGACUGUGAAGAAUGCUUGGGUCACUGAAUCAGACGGGAAAACUUCUCUGAUAGGAGAGGUGUGGCCAGGGGAGACUGUAUUUCCAGACUACACCAACCCAAACUGCAUAGAUUGGUGGGUGGAUGAGUAUGAGCGAUUCUACAAGGAGGUCAAACACGAUGCACUUUGGAUUGACAUGAACGAGAUUGCUAAUUUCAAGCAAGGAUCAGCAAAGGGCUGUGAUGCUAACAAACUCAACUACCCUCCCUACACUCCAAAGAUCUUGGACGAGCUGAUGUACAGUAAGACUCUGUGUAUGGAUGCCAAGCAGACCUGGGGAAACCAUUAUGAUGUCCACAGUCUGUACGGCUACUCCAUGGUGCUGGCUACUGAAAAAGCUCUGCAGCGCGUGUUUGGAGAAAAACGUUCCAUGAUGCUGACGCGCUCCUCCUUUCCAGGCGUGGGAAAAUAUUCAGGUCACUGGCUGGGGGACAAUGCUGCCACUUGGAAUGACAUGAAAUGGGCUAUCCCUGGCAUGCUGGAGUUUGGGCUCUUUGGAAUACCCUAUAUUGGAGCUGACAUCUGUGGUUUCUUUGAUGACUCCCCUGAAGAGUUGUGUCGUCGCUGGAUGCAGGUGGGGGCGUUCUAUCCUUUCAGUCGGAACCACAACGCUGAAGGAUUCAAGCCUCAGGAUCCAGCUGCGUAUGGUGCCGACUCACUGCUGGUGGCAACUUCUAAACAUUACCUGACGAUACGUUACACGCUUCUGCCUUACCUCUACACACUUUUCUACAAAGCCCACACUACAGGGGAGACUGUUGUACGUCCUGUCAUGCAUGAAUUCUACUCUGAUAGUGCAACCUGGACUGUGGAUCGCCAGUUCCUCUGGGGAAAACACCUGCUAAUCACACCUGUACUGGAUCCAGGUGUGGACACGGUGCAGGCAUAUCUACCCGAUGCUUUGUGGUAUGACUAUGAGUCGAUGCAAAAAGUAUCGGUCCGCAGAAAGCAUGUUGACAUGUAUCUACCAGCUGACAAACUUGGAUUACACAUCAGAGGUGGAGCUAUCCUCCCCACACAGGAACCUGAUGUCACCACCACAUCCAGUCGGCAGAACCCCAUGGGUCUGAUCAUUGCUCCUGAUGACAACGGCAAUGCAGCUGGGGAACUUUUUUGGGAUGAUGGCGAUUCCAGAGACACAGUUAAGAAUGGGAACUACAUCCACUACAAGUUCUCUUUUACCCAGGGAACACUGAUAAUGCAGGCGGACCAUGUUGGUUACAGUGACCCACACAACCUGAAAUUUGACAACAUUACCAUCCUUGGGAUACCUGUUCCUCCCACGACCGUCACUGUAAUUCAUGUUGACGCUAGAAACUCUACUACUACGUUAGAAGGCAGCAAUAUACACCAUGAUGGAGAUAAGAAGGUGCUGUUUCUGCGUGACCUCAGACUGACCUUGGGGGAGACCUAUGUGCUGGAGUGGAAUGUGAUCCGCAUUGACUGCCAUCCAGAGGAGCAUGCGGAUCAAGCUAAGUGCGAGGCCAGAGGCUGCAUCUGGGAUCCACCCGCCACUGGAAAAGGCCCGUGGUGCAUCUAUCCACAAGACUAUGGUUACACUGUCACAUCAGUUGUGGAAACUAGCUCAGGCAUGACACUUGACAUCACUCGGAACAACAAGUAUGGAAGCAGUGGUCGUCCAGAGUCACCAGAUGUGGACACACUCCGUGUUGAGAUUCAUUAUCACAGCAGUGAAAUGCUGCAGUUCAAGAUCUCUGACCCAAAGACAAAGCGCUAUGAGGUACCAGUGGGAUUGUCACUUCCUAAAACUCCUGAGACUGAUGAGAACAAGAGGCUUUACAAGGUCGUCAUUGCCAAUGACCCAUUCGGCAUCCAGAUAAUUAGGAAAAACACGGGAACUAUAAUUUGGGAUUCAUCUGUGCCAGGUUUCACCUUCUCAGACCUUUUCAUCCAAGUGUCAACUAGACUGUCAUCUCAGUAUGUUUAUGGUUUUGGGGAAACAGAGCAUCCCACCUAUAAGCACGAUCUCAACUAUCAUACCUGGGGUAUGUUUGCCAAGGACCAGCCUCCUGGUUACAAGAUGAACUGCUAUGGAGUCCACCCCUUCUACAUGGGCCUUGAGAAUACAGCUCAUGCUCAUGGCAUGCUUUUGCUAAACAGCAAUGCAAUGGACGUGACUUUCCUGCCUGAUCCAGCGUUAACCUACCGAACUCUGGGUGGCGUCCUGGAUUUCUACAUGAUCCUGGGACCUACGCCUGAGAUGGUGGUGCAGGAGUACACUCAAUUGAUUGGACGACCUGUUCUACCUGCCUAUUGGUCUCUUGGGUUCCAACUCUGUCGAUAUGGUUAUUCCAAUGACAAGGAAAUAGCAGAUCUAUACAGAGACAUGAGGGCAGCUGGUAUACCCUAUGAUGUGCAGUAUGCAGACAUUGACUAUAUGGAGCGUCAGCUGGACUUUGUCCUGGACCGAGACUUUAAAGGACUCCCUGCCCUGGUCGACAGCAUGAGAAAAGAGGGCAUGAGGUUUAUCUUCAUCCUGGAUCCCGCCAUCGCAGGGAAUGAGACCCAGCCCUACCCAGCCUUUGAGAGAGGCAAAGCAGCAGAUAUUUACAUCAAGUGGCCCAAGCAGAUCAGUGAUGGAAUUGUGUGGGGCAAGGUCUGGCCUGAUUAUCCCAACGUCACUGUAGAUGACAGUCUGGACUGGGAUACCCAAGUAGAGCUCUUUAGGGCAUACACCGCAUUUCCAGACUACUUCCGGCCCGAAACAGCAAAAUGGUGGCAUCAAGAAAUCAAAGAUUUCUAUGAGAAAACUAUGAAGUUUGAUGGCAUUUGGAUUGACAUGAACGAGCCUGCAAGCUUUGUCCACGGUACAGUUGGAGAGAAGUGUCUUGGUGAUCCAAGACUAGAGAACCCGCCUUAUAUGCCACCCUUGGAGUCAAAGCACCUUGGCUUAAACCAUAAGACUCUGUGCAUGAACAGUGAACAGAUACUCAGUGAUGGAACAAGAGUCAGACACUAUGAUGUCCACAACCUCUACGGAUGGUCCCACACCAAGCCCACCUAUGAUGCCCUCCUAGAUGUGACAGGUAAAAGAGGAAUAGUGGUCACCAGAUCUACCUACCCCUCCAGUGGAAAAUGGGCUGGACAUUGGCUUGGAGACAACUUUUCUAGUUGGGAUCAGCUUUACAAAUCCAUUAUAGGUAUGAUGGAGUUCAGUCUGUUUGGAAUCCCUUAUACCGGAGCAGACAUAUGUGGAUUCUUUAAUAGACCUGACUAUGAGAUGUGUCUUCGCUGGAUGCAGCUGGGUGCCUUCUAUCCAUACUCACGCAACCACAAUAGCAAGGGUAACCCGAGACAAGAUCCUGUUUCUUGGGAUAAAGCAUUCGCCGAUGCAAGCCGGGAUGUAUUGAACAUCCGUUACACCCUCCUGCCCUAUCUGUACACGCUGAUGUAUGAGGCACAUACGCAAGGAACCACAGUAAUCAGACCGCUUUUGCACGAGUUUGUGGAUGACAGAACUACCUGGGAAAUCUACAAACAGUUCCUCUGGGGACCUGCCCUACUUAUCAGCCCCGCACUGGACCCGGGAGUCAGAAAUUUGACUGGCUAUCUUCCUAAUGCACGCUGGUAUGACUUCCAUACGGCCAAAGAUGCUGGAGUGCGUGGCCAAAUGAUUAAUAUGCCGACACCCUUGGACCAUAUUAACCUUCACAUCAGAGGAGGCUAUAUCUUACCCUGGCAAAAACCAGAGAACACUACAUAUUACAGUCGGAAGAAUCCUCUAGGACUGAUCGUCGCCCUGAGUGACACUGGAACAGCUGAAGGAUCGUUGUUCUGGGAUGAUGGCGAAGGAAUAGACACGGUGGAGACCAACAGAUAUAUUCUGACCUUAUUUUCAGCACAAUCGAACACCUUGUCCAGUCAGGUGGCCCAUCACGGUCUGGUUGAUGAUGAUCGGUUGAAGCUGGGUGUGGUGAGGGUUUGGGGUGCAGGCAGCACUCAGAUCACAGAGGUUACCCUAACUGUAGCUGGAGAGACACAUCAGCUAACCCCAGAGCACAACCUUGCCUCGCAGGAGCUGAUAGUAGAUGCCACUUCAAAGGGUGUUUAUGUGGAUCAGCCUUUUACCAUAACAUGGAAGACCAGGGUCUGAGUGCACUAUUUGCAUUCACUGGUAAUUAAGAUAUCUAUAAAUAAUUGUCCAUUAAUUUAAAUUAAGAUGUGAGGAAAGCUUAUUGUUUUUGAGCAUGAAAUGUGAAACAUCAAUGAGGAGCCUUUGAAACUGAGUGAAACAUUCGUUUUUACCAAUAGAACGUGCCUCUGACCCUUUAUCGAGCAAGUGGCUGUUGUUGGUUAAAAAAAAAAAAAAGCCCCAUGCAUUUCUGUCCUGG